GGGGAAGAGAGGAACUGCUGCGGUUAAGCCCCGCCCCCUCCGAGCGGACCCGCGCCCGGCGGCGCUAAGCCCCGCCCCCCCGCUCUGCCGUCGUCCGCCGUGUCUGCGAGGAGCGAGGUGGUCCCGCAGCCAUCAUGCGGCGCCGGGUGUUCGUGGUGGGCGUCGGUAUGACCAAGUUUGCAAAGCCCAGUGAGAACAGUGUUGAUUAUCCCGACCUGGCUAAAGAGGCUGGCCAGAAGGCUUUAGCUGAUGCUGGGAUUCCGUAUUCAGCAGUGGAGCAGGCCUGCGUGGGUUAUGUUUAUGGCGACUCAACCUGUGGACAGCGGGCCAUCUAUCACGGUUUAGGUUUAACUGGCAUUCCUAUCAUUAAUGUUAACAACAACUGUGCUACUGGAUCUACUGCUUUGUUCAUGUCCAGACAGCUGGUAGAGGGAGGUUUGGCAGACUGUGUUCUGGCACUUGGCUUUGAGAGAAUGGCAAAAGGAUCCCUUGCUUCAGGUUUUUCAGACAGAACAAAUCCAAUGGACAAACACUUAGAAAUAAUGAUAAAUAAAUACGGCUUAGCAAGUGCUCCAGUAACACCGCAGAUGUUUGCAAGUGCUGGCAAAGAACAUAUGGAGAAAUAUGGGACAAAUCCAGAGUACUUUGCAAAAAUUGCAUGGAAGAAUCACAGCCAUUCAACCAACAACCCGUAUUCCCAGUUCCAGAAGGAAUACACAUUAGAUGAAGUUCUGCAGUCUCGCAAAAUUUUUGAUUUCUUGACUGUCUUACAGUGUUGUCCAACAUCAAAUGGUGCUGCAGCUGCAAUUUUGGCUAGUGAGGACUUUGUGAAAAGGCAUAAGUUACAGCCUCAAGCUGUGGAAAUUCUAGCCCAGGUGAUGGCUACUGAUUACCCAAGCACAUUUGAAGAGAACAGUUGUAUGAAGAUGGUUGGUUAUGAUAUGACUAAAAAAGCUGCAGAAAAAUGUUUUAAAAAAGCAGGCCUAAAACCUACGGAUGUCGAUGUGAUUGAACUCCAUGACUGUUUCUCAGUUAAUGAGUUCAUUACCUAUGAAGCUCUUGGACUCUGCCCAGAAGGAAAAGCGUGUGACCUGAUCGACAGAGGAGACAACACUUACGGAGGGAAAUGGGUCAUCAAUCCUAGCGGUGGCUUGAUUUCCAAGGGACAUCCCCUCGGUGCUACAGGCCUGGCGCAGUGCGCCGAACUCUGCUGGCAGCUGCGCGGCCUGGCCGGGAGGCGGCAGGUGGGCGGCGCGCGGCGGGCUCUGCAGCACAACCUGGGCCUCGGCGGGGCUGCGGUGGUGACGCUGUACGCCAUGGGCUUCCCCGGAGCCGCCAGUGAUGGCCGACUUACGGCUGUGCCUCUCAGCGCUGCUGUUGAUGGAUUUAAGUCACACUUGGUCUUCAAAGAGAUAGAAAAGAAGCUCCAAGAGGAAGGAGAGCAGUUUGUCAAGAAAAUUGGUGGUGUCUUUGCCUUCAAAAUAAAAGAUGGUCCUGGUGGGAAGGAGGCGACUUGGAUAGUAGAUGUGAAGAAUGGUAAAGGCUCAGUAGCAGUUAAUGCAGAUAAGAAAGCAGACUGUACAAUUACAAUGGCUGACACUGACUUAUUAGCUCUGAUGACUGGCAAAAUGAAUCCUCAGACAGCCUUCUUUCAAGGCAAAUUGAAGAUAUCUGGGAACAUGGGCAUGGCAAUGAAACUUCAAAACCUACAACUUCAGCCAGGGAAAGCUAAACUUUGAGCUUUUGAGCUUGCUGAAGUAACUUCAUACUCUUUACAGCGAAUUAGAAUGAUGCUGGAUGUUGGUAACGUGACACAGACUGGGCUUAUUUGGACCUCUCAUCUAAAAUCAGUGAUUAGAGACCUUAACACUUAAUAAAUUCCAUCAGUUUGUAAAUGGCAAAGAUUUUUAGGCUAAGCUUGAGGCAAUAACUCUUGCAAAUGGUUUAUGGUUUGUAUUAUGAAAACAAAUUUUUCUUUUAAUCUAAGAAAAAUUUAAUGAAACUCAGAGUUGAUGGAGACUGCGUAGUGUUGUUCAGGUUAGUUGGGAAGAGAGUAAACAAGGUUGCAAAUAGUUUGAUUUAUCACUUAAAUUUGCAUUUUUAAAAGACUGUAAUAGGAGAUCAUACAAACGCUUUCAGACUUCUAACAAAUCUGCUGCUUCUUAAAUUGAAAUGGUCUUAUAAAGGGGGAUGUCUAACAAUGUUUUUAAAAUAGCCUUCAGGAAUUUGCUAUAAAAUACUUUUCUUAUUAUUACUUUGGAGUUAAAGCUAUCCACAGGUAGGUAGAGAUUGCUUUGAGAUUUACAGAAUUUGAUAAUACUUAACCUUGAUCAAAGGUAAGGUUUGUCAGGAGAGCAGAGAGGGAAUAUAAUCAAUGUUUACCUGUUUUCUCCUGAGAAAAUCUGGUGUUGGUUGUUAUAAAUUUCUUAUCUGUAAAAGCUUUAACUUCUGUUUUGGGAACAUGUAUUCUAGUUGGAAGUUUAAUAGAAAAUUAAAUAUAAUUUUCCUGUU